AUGAAUGGCCAGCAUUGUUUAAGAGUAGUGAGUUUAUUCGCUGGUAUUGGGGGCCUGACGUGUGCGUUAGAUGAACUGGGUCUGAGAACGGAGUUGGUGUGUAUGUUGGAUAUAUCUCGAGAGUGCCGGAUGGCUUGGUUGGAGGCGAAGGGUCGGGGGUGCAUGCCUGGGGAGUUGAAAGCCUUGGAAUCGAAGUACAUGGUGAAGGAUAUAAUGACUGUGGACUUUGGGGGCAUAGGUGACGCGGAUAUCUGGCUGAUAUCCCCGCCUUGUCAACCGUUUACGAAAGGUGGGAAGGAGUUGCACGAAGAGGAUGCGCGUGCGCAACCAUUCUUGCGAGUGAUAGAAGUAUUGCAAGACAAACAGCCUCCGUUCGUGUUCAUCGAGAACGUACCAGGGUUCGGCGCUAGUGACAGCUACACCCGGUUCAGAAAGGCAAUGGAGGCCAACUACGACCUAUUUGAGUACUACCAGUCUCCCACUGACAUUGGCAUUCCUUACGAGCGCAGUCGGUUCUACUGCGUCGCUCGACGACGAGAUCUAGGCAAGGCGGACCGAACAGGGGCGAACCAAACAGGAACGAACCAAACAGGAACGAACCAAACAGGAACGAACCAAACAGGGACAGUCCAGACGAGGACGGGUAGGAAACAUAAGCCUUUGAGUGCGUAUGUGGAUCGAAAUGUCCAGGACGAGAAGUACUUUAUUCCGCCGAGCAAAUUGGCGAAAAUGGAGAACUUCAAAUUUGACCUGGUCGACUUGGAUUUCUUGGAAAGUCGAGGACCCGUGGGGACGUUUACGGGUGGCUACGGAGAGUACCUGGGCAAGACGGGACCGGUCAUGCGAAUGGGGCCCAUGUCCGGGAAGGAAGGCGCGGGGGACCGCUUUCAAACGGUGAACGCACAGGUUGACCGGGUGCGCCGUUUCACCCCGAAUGAGAUAUUAGCGCUCCACGGGUUCCCGAAAGAGUGGUAUUUUGACGCGGAUUCUCCCUUCUCUUUGCGGCUCCAAUAUAAGCUAGUGGGUAACUCCGUUUCGGUGGACGUUAUUGCCGAUAUAUUACGGCCAUUUUUAGUCACAGAGAAAAUGGACGAAGGAAAGUCGGGUGAGGUCUUGAAUGCGGACCAACUCAAGCAGUACGAUCGCCAAAUAAGGCUGUGGGGUUACGAUGCGCAAGUAAAGAUGAUGUCAAACCGAGUGUGCUUGAUGGGCGUGGACGGGGUGACGAUGGAGGUGGGGAAGAACUUGGCGGCAGCUGGAGUGAAUGUGGAUUUAUUUGACGACGUUCCGUACGAGGGUCAACUGGUGUCUGUGAUUCCUCGUGAGAACAUGUUUGCGCCGGAAAAGAGCGUGGCUGUGUGGUACGAGAAGUGCUUGCGACGGAUGAACGCUCUGGUGGGUCUUGGGGUGUUCUCGGAGGUCCCUGAACGGUCCACCAUUCUAGUUAGUAGUUUGUCCCGUGCUGCCAGUUGGACACAGGCAAUUACGUCCAUAAAACGCGCGCCGGUCGCCCAGAUAUACGUCGUUACUGAGACUGAAGUGCUUGUGGGAAUAGGUGACCCUCUGCAUGUUGUGCGCAGUCUGCAGGAGAAGGUGCGUGGUCGGGAAUCGGACAUACUCUCUCCUUCGGAAUGUGCCAUCAUUGGCGGACUCAUAACACAGUGCGUCACUACGCACAUCCAACAGAAUGAAACCCCCGACUGGGACCUGAUUGAAUACAAUCGGUCUAAGAUCGCCGCCAAAACCCUGUUGCUUAACGAACGAACUAACGCUGCCGCAGGCGCUCCCGCAAAAAUAAAUCAAGAAAUCAUAGAACUCUGA